GACUUCAUACACACACACACACACACACGCUCACACACAGAGAUAGAUACACACACGUAAACAUACACACAUAUGCAGCCGGAGUACGGACAGCAGUCAAAGCAAAGCCUCGUUUUGGGAUCUUAAACCUGGAUGCCCCCCCGGACAGGAGUCCUCCUCAUGGGUGUGAAUCGGUAGUUUUUCAGCAACAUCUGGUCGCUUGUCCGUUUUAUUUCGGCUCUGAUGGUUGUAGCUGAACAGUGAGCGCUUCCUGUCUGAGGAAACCUGCCCAACUCCAUCAUGUCUGGGGUGCUCGCACCGUGGUCCAGUGGCACAGAGUGUGUAGCCAAGUAUAAUUUCCAGACUGCCAACGAACAGGACCUGCCUUUCUGUAAAGGAGAUCUACUCACCAUCAUCGGAGCCACCAGGGAUCCUAACUGGUACAGAGCGAGGAACACGGUGGGAAGAGAGGGAACAAUCCCCGCUAACUAUGUCCAGAAAAGAGAGGGGGUGAAGUCAGGAGGGAAGCUCAGCCUCAUGCCCUGGUUCCACGGGAAGAUAACCCGUGAGCAGGCGGAGCGACUGCUCUACCCCCCGGAGACGGGCCUGUUCCUGGUGAGAGAGAGCACCAACUACCCCGGAGACUACACCCUGUGUGUCAGCUGCGAUGGGAAGGUGGAGCAUUAUCGCAUCAUCUACCACAACGGGAAGCUCACCAUCGACGAGGAGGAGUACUUCGAGAACCUCAUGCAGCUGGUGGAGCAUUACACCAAAGACGCAGACGGCCUCUGCACUCGGCUCAUUAAACCCAAAUUGAUGGAGGGAACGGUGGCAGCUCAGGAUGAGUUCUCCAGGAGCGGCUGGGCGCUGAACAGGAAGGAGCUGAAACUCCUGCAGACCAUCGGAAAAGGAGAGUUUGGAGAUGUGAUGGUGGGAGACUACAGAGGGAACAAAGUGGCGGUGAAAUGCAUCAAAAACGACGCCACAGCGCAGGCGUUCAUCGCCGAGGCCUCCGUCAUGACGCAACUGAGGCACAACAACCUGGUGCAGCUGUUGGGGGUGAUCGUGGAGGAGAGGGGAAGUCUCUACAUCGUCACAGAGUACAUGGCUAAGGGCAGUUUAGUGGACUACCUGCGCUCCAGAGGAAGGACCGUGCUCGGGGGAGACUGCUUACUCAAGUUCUCUCUUGAUGUGUGUGAGGCCAUGGAGUAUCUGGAGAACAACAACUUCGUGCACAGAGACCUGGCGGCUCGAAACGUUCUGGUUUCUGACGACAACAUCGCUAAAGUCAGCGACUUCGGCCUCACCAAGGAGGCGUCGUCCAUCCAGGACACCGGAAAACUGCCCGUCAAGUGGACCUCCCCCGAAGCCAUCAGGGAGAAGAGGUUUUCCACCAAGUCUGACGUCUGGAGUUACGGGAUCUUACUUUGGGAGAUUUACUCCUUUGGGCGCGUGCCUUACCCCAGAAUUCCUCUGAAGGAGGUGGUGCCCCGGGUGGAGAAGGGAUACAAAAUGGACGCCCCUGACGGCUGCCCCCCGGUGGUUUACGACCUGAUGAAGCAGUGCUGGACCCUGGACUCUGUGGUGCGGCCAUCUUUCCACAUGCUGAGGGACAAACUGCAGCACAUCAGAGCCAAGGAGCUGUACCUGUGAGGGGGGGGAGGAACAAGAUGAAUUUACACAAUUACCAUCAUAGACUUAUGUGGAAAAUGUGGAACAUUUUUGAGUGGUUUUGCGAGUUAUUGAGGACAUUUUCAGGAUCAUAAAUGGCCAAGGAGCUCUACUUGCCACUUUGUGAACCCGGAAAUGUUAAGUACCCCAAAGUUUUAUCUUAGGGUCUCCAGCACAUAGAAACUGCCGGAUGCUAACCUGCAUAUGUUGGGCAAUUAGCAUCAUAGACUUAUGUGGAACAAUUGGACAAUUUUGGAGUGGUUUUGGAGGUUAUUGAGGAGGAGGAGGAGGAGGAGGAGGAGGAGGAGGAGGAGGAAGAAGCGGGACCACAACAUUUCCUCCCCCCUGACCCCCGCCCACGAGGACUGUUUCCUGUUUGUGUCUCUUCCUCACUCUUUAUAGUCUACUUGCCACUUUGUGAACUCAGAGAUGUUGAGUACCCCAAAGUGUUAUGUUAGAAAUGUAGAGUUGGGGUCUCCAGCACAUAGAAACUACCUUUUGAGUACAAAGAUGGCCCCUUUCUGGUUGACAUUGUAGAUCCCUCAAUAACCCACAAAACCACUAAGAAUAAUAAUAAUGACCAAAUCUGUAAAACCAUUUUUUAACUAUAGUCCACAUUAAGUUCUAAUUCACACACUUCAUGCUAAUUGUGCAAACUGCCCAGGUUAGCAUCCGGCAGUUUCUAUGAGCUGGGGACCCUCCUAAACAUUUAUAUCAUUAAACGUUGGGGUCUUCAACAUCUCCAGGUUCAGGACUCUAUGAUCUGGAAACAAACCGUUACCUGCCGUCUCUCUUUUGGUCCAAGUUUCUCCUCCUUCUCUUUUCGUUCCUCCUCUCCUGAACGCGGCAUUAUACCUGGAGAGGCUGGGCCUUUUCCUCCACGUUUGUCAGGUGCUUUUCUUCCUCCUCCUCUCAUCUUCAUCAUCAUUCCUGGAUCUCUGCAUGAAUCCUAACCCCCAGGUUUGUGUCAGAUGUGGGGCUUUAAAUCUGAGAAAAGUGCCUCCAGUCUCCAGAGCUCCAGAAUCUGCUCCUCCACCUGGACUGCUUUUUUUAAGGAAAUCUUUUUUAUUGCUUUCCUUGUUUUUUCAGGGAGGAUAUCAAACCAUUUUUUUUUUUUUUGUGCCGUCUCCUCCGCCUCAAUUUCCACCAUCAGAGACUGGGAUUUUGUUUUUAUCCAUGAAGAGGAACAGGAAAAGAGAGGCGGGACAAUAACGAA